CCGGGCCCCGCGGCGGGCGGCCGAGCCAUGAGCGCGGCCCGCGCCGCCGGCCCCGCGCCGCCGGCCGGCCCUCAGCAGCCCGCGGAGCCGCAGAGCCGCGCCGCCCCGGCGGGCUCGCCCGGCCUGCCCUGAGCCCCGCCGCCGCCGCCGAGGUUGCUGACCCAAGGGGCUGGGAGCUCCCUCCACUGGCACUGUGGGAAGCUUUAGCCAAUCCAAUGCACCCUGACAACAAACUGCCCAGCCAUGGCAAGGCAGGCAGCAGCAGUGCCCCGGCCCAGCACCACAAUGUGAGCCAAGCACCCACCUGCAACCUGGGCUCGAAGGGUGUGGGGACAGGCAGCCAUGGCAGCAAGGCCACUCAGAUCUCCCCUGGCAACUCUGGACUGAAAAACAGCCAGAACACUGUCCCAAACUUGAGCUCCUUGAAGGGCAAGGUGAAACGGGAACGAAGCAUCUCGGUGGACUCCGGAGAACAGCGAGAAUCCAGCACCCCUUCACAGGACGCAGAAUCAAAAGGUGAGGUGGCUCCCCGUAGCAAGCGACGGUGCGUGCUGGAAAGGAAGCAGCCAUACAGUGGGGAUGAAUGGUGCUCUGGGCCGGACAGUGAGGAAGACGACAAGCCCAUCAGCAGCGUACACAAUUGUAAUGUAGCAGAUCCUGCGAUGUCCACAGCCUCGCAGCUUGGCCCAGGGUCCAACCCGCUGCCCAGCCUGAACGAGACCACUUCUUCCAGCGUGCCUCAUGGUGCUGCCCCCGGCUUGCGCUCCGAUGCUGCAGCAGGCGGAGGUGGUGGGACAGGAAAGCAACCUUCACAGUUUGUUUACGUCUUUACAACUCACCUUGCUAACACAGCUGCAGAAGCUGUCCUGCAGGGCCGAGCUGACUCCAUUCUGGCCUACCAUCAGCAGAAUGUCCCACGGGCAAAGCUAGACCAGGCACCAGCUCCCAAAGUGCUGGGGGUUGCUGAACCACUCCCGAUUAACCCUCCUGUUGCCAACACUCCACAGUCCCAGCCGCCGGCACCUCAAGUGAGUCAACCGCAGCCACAGCCUCCUCCACCACAGCCUCCGCCUCAGACCAUCAGUCAAACACCUUUGCCUGCACCCAGCAGCCUCCCCCAGGAAGGGACGAGUGAAGAUGUCAGGAGAGACCUGACUCCCAACUCUCUGGGGAACAACAGCAGCAGCAACCAGGCUGGAAGUAACCACCCCAGUACGCCCACUGCACCUGCCAGCACCAUGCAGCCUGGGCAACUGGACUCCUCUGCUACGUCUGGCUCCAACCUCCUUGCAGAGGGCCCAGGUCCAGGGAUGUCGGGGAACGGGCAGGCAGGCCUGGGCUCCAGGAACCCCAUGAACUCAGAAGGGCUCUCCAAGGAGCAGCUGGAGCACCGGGAGCGCUCUCUGCAGACCCUGCGGGACAUUGAGCGCCUGCUGCUGCGCAGCGGGGAGGCUGAGCCCUUCAUGAAGUCCAGCCAAAACGCAGGCGAGGGUGGGACUGCCCCUCAACCACAGGCUGCCCCUGCCCCGCCCCCUGUGCCCCCCACGAGCAUGAAGAAGUAUGAAGAACCUCUGCAGUCCAUGAUCUCCCAGACCCAAAGCCUUGGUGGGCCCAAUCUGGAACAUGAGGUGUCCCACCACCCUGGCGCUGACAUGGGGCAGCAGAUGAACAUGAUGAUGCAGCGGCUGAACCAGGACAGCCUGACACCAGAGCAGGUGGCCUGGAGGAAGUUACAGGAAGAGUACUAUGAGGAAAAGCGACGGAAAGAGGAGCAGAUUGGCAUCCAUGGCCGGCCCAUGCAGGAAAUCAUGAUCCCGCAGUCAAUAGGCAGCAUGAUGAUGCGUGGGCCCCCACCACCCUACCACAGCAAGCCUGGAGAGCAGUGGCCCCCAGGGAUGGGCAGCCAGCUGCGGGGGCCCAUAGAUGUGCAGGACCCUAUGCAGCUGCGGGGAGGGCCACCCUUCCCAGGGCCACGGUUCCCUGCGAAUCAAAUGCAGAGAGUCUCUGGCUUCGGAGGGAUGCAGAAUAUGCCCUUGGAUGCCCUUGGGCCCAUGAAUGCCAUGCAGAGGCCAGUCAGGCCCAGCAUGGGAUGGAGUGAUGAUAUGCCACCUAUGGGAGGCCCUGGGAAUUUUCCACAAGGUACCCUGCCCUACCCCUCGGGGCAAGGGGACCCUGAAAGGUUCAUGAAUCCCCGUGCCAGGGAGGAGAUCCUGCGGCAUCAGCUGAUGGAGAAACGCCCAGUGGCAAUGCAGAGGCCCAUGGGCAUGUCUGGAAACUCCAUGAGCCAGGGCAUGGAAAUGGAGAGGAUGAUACAGGCUCACAGGCAGAUGGAUCCAUCCAUGUUUGCUGGGCAGAUAACAGGGGACAGCCUGAGCAGCGCCCCAAUGGGAAUGGACUUUGCAGGCACUCGCGGGAUGCUGAGCCCCCCAAUGAGUCAGUCAGGUCUUCGGGACAUGGAUGCACCCAUGGGCCCUGGCAACCUCAACAUGAACAUGAACGUCAACAUGAACAUGAACAUGAACCUCAAUGUCCAGAUGACCCCACAGCAGCAGAUGAUGAUGUCACAGAAGAUGAGGGGUCCUGAUAUGAUGGCCCACCAGGGCAUGAGCCCUGAGGAGCUGGCCAGGGCACGGGCUCAGAAUGGCAAUGGCAGUGCAAUGCUGGGGGGCCCCCAGAAAAUUAUGAUACCCUCCCAGUUCCCCAACCAAGGACAGCAAGGCUUCUCAAGCACGCAAGGGCCUUAUCCCAGCAUGCCCCAGGAGAUGGGCAGCAACUCGGACAUGUUCAGCCCUGAGCAGGGCACCAUGCCCAUCGGGAGCAUCGGUGGCACCACCAGGCUCAGCCACAUCCCUCUGCCCUCUGCCUCAAAUCCCACUCCCACGCAAGGGGGCAACCUGGCCAACAUACACCCAGCACCUUCCCGGGGGCUGGGCCGCCGGCCCUCCGACCUCACCAUCAACAUCAGCCAGAUGAACUCUCCCAGCAUGGGCCACCUCAAGUCUCCCACCCUCAGCCAGGUGCAUUCGCCACUGGUCACCUCCCCCUCUGCCAACCUCAAGUCCCCACAGACACCCUCACAGAUGGUCAGCAUGCCACCUUCAAACCAGUCCGGACCUCUCAAGUCUCCCCAGGUGAUGAACUCCUCACUUAACGUCCGGUCUCCAGCUGGUUCACCGAGCCGCCUGAAGUCCCCUUCUAUGGCUGUUCCUUCCCCUGGUUGGGUGCCAUCUCCUAAAGCCACCAUGCCCAGCCCGGGAGUCAACCAGAGCAAGCAGACCCUCAGCAUGAGCUCAUCUGCUUCCAUGGGAGGACUGGAUCAGGGUUCUCUCCCUUCUGGGCCUCGGAGCAGCUCUUCCGCACCAGCCAGUAACACCUCUAGCUCCAUGAAUCCCAACAUGCCUUUUACUUCCUCUCCAGAUCCAUCCCCCUCCCAGAACCCCCUCUCUUUGAUGAUGUCCCAGAUGUCCAAGUAUGCUAUGCCCAGCUCCACGCCACUUUACCACAAUGCCAUCAAAACCAUCGCCACCUCUGAUGAUGAGCUGCUGCCAGACCGGCCUAUGCUCCCGCCUGGAAGCAUGUCAGGUGUGACAGGGAAUCAGCCGAAUCAACUGCACUUGAACUCGGUCGGGCCUGGAUCCUCUCAGAGCCCCAUGGGAAUGAACCUGCCUGGUCAGCAACCCCUCUCUCAUGAACCACCCCCCACCUCCAUGAUGUCCUCCCCAAACCCUUUAGGCUCCAACAUUCCUAUGCACCCCAGUGCACCAGGGACAGGUGUUCCCCCCCAGAACCCCAUGAUGCUGCCCCCGGGGCCUCAGGACGCGUUGAACCAGCAGUGCGGCCCCGUGCCAAACAGUUCACAGAUGAUUCCUUCCAACCAGCUCGUGUUCCCCCGCAUGCAGCAGCCCCACAACGCUAUGCCAUCUCCUGCUGGAGGCAUGCCCAUGGCCCCUGGUGGGGGAGGUGGCCCUGCGAUGCAGCAGCAUUACCCGCCGGGAUUGCCCUUGCCGCCUGAGGACCUUCCCCCCCAGCAGCCCAGCCAGAUGCCCCCUCAGCAGCACAUGAUGGGCAAGAACAUCCCUCCCCGCAUCGGUGAGCCCUACCCACCUGUGCUCCCUGGGGUAGCAUCGGUGCUGAAUGACCCUGAGCUCAGCGAGGUCAUUCGCCCCACGCCCACAGGUAUCCCUGAGUUUGACCUGUCCAGGAUCAUUCCGUCAGAGAAGCCAAGCAGCACCUUGCAGUAUUUCCCCAAGAGUGACAACCAAGCGCCCAAAUCGCAGCCUUCCAACCUCCACCUCAUGAACCUGCAGAACAUGAUGGCUGACCAGCCCCCGGUGCGGCCAGGUAUGAAUGCCCCCAGCAUCCCUGGGCAGCAGACCGUGCAGCGGGGACUCAGCAUGCCCAUGUGCCACCCCGGACAAGUGCCCAUGCUGGGCAGGACAGGCAUACCACCCCAGCAAGGCAUGAUGGGCAACAGCAUGCACCAGGGCAUGAUGUCUCCGCAGCAGAGCCUGAUGGCCCAGCAGAAUUUCAUGCUGAUGCAGGCCAAGCAGAGGAGCAUGUCUGUGUCAGGGGAGAUGUAUGCUCAGACAGGACACAUGAUGUCACCUCAGGGCUCUCUUAUGGGGCCCCCGCCUCAGCAGAACCUCAUGGUCACACACCAGAUGAGGCAGAGGAGUGUCUCCCUGGACAGCCAGAUGGGUUACAUCCCCGGGCCUGGGAACAUGGCGAACCUGCCCUUCUAACCCUGGCUGGUGCUUGGGGUGGGAGGGGAUGGAGCUGCCUGGACAAACCUUUUUAAACCUUUCUUUGGGGGAGGGUUGGGGGCCAAUGCUGGUGGAGGACACUGUGGGAUGCUUUUCAUAUCGGAUUCGCCUCUACACAGAAAACCAGAUGUGCAGUAAACUUGAUGUGAAUUGGGUUUAUUUUUCCUUUCUUUUUUGGGGAAGGGGGGGGGAGGAAGGGCUGGGAGUGGGUCUGUUACUUUUGAACCCUUUGUGGUGACCAGGGACACCCAAACCCUGUGGCAGUUUGUAAAGUUUAUAGUUUUCCUCUGUCAAGUGUUUUUCUUUACUUCCCCCCCUCCCCGUCCCUCUCUUCUUUCCUUUUUCUUUAUUUUUUCUUGUUUUGUUUGUAUGUUUGGUUUUUUGUUUGUUUGUUUUUGGUUUUGUUUUGGUUUUUUAAGCAAUCAAAAUGUGCAAGAGGGUUUUUGGAACUAGCUGUAAAUAGGUCGCUGGGAAAGGCAAAACUUGUGCUGGUUUUUAAUUGUUCUGUAUUUCUGUGUUUUAAUAGAAGCCUCAAAACAUGUUUUAAAAAAAACAGAAACAAAAAACAUGCUAAAGGCAACAGCGUACAAGGAUUGAAAACUCUCCCUUGGUGGGAGGCAAGAGGAUCCUCCAGGUUGCACAGGGCAUUGAGGGAUCCCAUUGUAGAGUGACUCUGUGUCAAACCUGUGUUGUUCAUGUGUCUGAACAGUUUGCAUGUGCAGGGUGUUACAGUUUCAUGCAGACCUUAGGCCCCUGUGGAGGCUGCGCAGAGAACAUGAACUCAACCCUUGCUGAGGACCAUCGGGGAGGUUCUGAGCUGGUGAAACGUUGCUGGAGCAGCACUCAUCUGGCAGGGCAGAGGCUGCAGCUUCACAGGAUGCAGCUGCUGCUGGAUGGCAAAGCUGCCGUGGCUGGAAUGGGGAGGAUGCUGGCCCCCCAGCUGGACAGGUAGUGGAGGUUCUGAGCUUUGCGGACAGUAAUGUGCUGGCCCAAAGGUCUCGACCAGAUGUGUCACCUCAGGACCCUCCUUUUCCCUUCAUACUGUCCCCUGUGAAUAUGUAGGGAUAGAUGGGGUCUAAGAUGAGCAAGGUGGUGCAUUCCUGUCCUUCCAGGAGCAGCUGGCUGGGAACCCUGCUUCUUUGCAGCCUUCCUGCACCAGUCCUUUAUCCCACCAUUGUCCUCCGCAAAUGCUCUGUGCUCCCUCUACCUCUGCCGUUGAAUGCUCUCCCAUGUCUUCCUCACUCCCCUCACUCCUCCUCUGGAGUUUCACAGGCAGUCUUUGCUCUGCCUUGCCACUGGCAGCAGCCCUGCCCUACUGCACAAUAGAGGUCUAGCUGUUGAGGACAACCUGUCCCUGUGUGCAAUGCUCCAUCUCAUUCAAAGAGUGCAGUGUCAGUGGUGUGGCCGUCCUGUGUUUUGGACAGAAGAGACCAAGGUUGCGUGGCAGCCCCUCAUUCCUAGGCUGGCAGACACAUGCCAUUUGAACAACUCUGACUUUUCUGGAUGUGCUCCACCCUCCCUGUCCUCCAUGAGGUCUUCCUGCAUGCAGCACUGAUGGUCCUUCCCAUUUGUUCAUGGAGGGGACCAUGGGGUGACGCGCACACGCUUCUGUGCUCAGCACAGUAUCUCUGGACUUCGGCAGGGACUGCGGUCCAGCAUGGUGUACCCUGUGGGUGUCCAGUGCUGAACUCGGGGCACAUGACUGCCGGAGGAAUUCCAGUUGGAAGAUUAUCGCUGCAGAGCCAGAUUUAGCAUACUACCUCUCUCAUAACAGAGCUCACCUUUCCCUUCUUGCUACUGCAGGGAGGAGAGGGCUGUUGGAAAGGGAGAUUGAUUGUCAAGUAGUUGUUUAUUGUGUUACAAGCUGUUUGGAAAGGUCAGUGGGUGCUGGAACAUCAGCCAGUGGCUGUAUUGAUCCAAUGUGUUAGAAGAUGGAGCCACAAAGUCCAGUUAGGAAUACCUGGAAGCUUUGAGGCAUUUUGUAGUGAGCAGUACUGAAUAGGAAGCAUGGGUAUGAAUUGGAGGAGGAAUUUUGCUCUGGUCUCCUGCUUUGUUUGGUUUUGUUGUGUGCAAUGUGAGCGAGCAGCUGUUUCAGGAUGGCAAAAUGGGAGCAAUCCCACAAAGUGCCCAUUUCUGCCUGGUUGGCUGGAGCAGAUAAAGAAUCUUUAGCCCAGGCUAGUGAGGUGUGCUUUGGACCUGAUGGUUGGAUUCUCCAUCCUUUCAGAAUGUGUGUUUCAUGUGGGAGGAUAUGGCUCAAACAGAUGUAGCUCUUUCUAAGCUUGACUUGCCUGAAAGGCUGUGGCUUCUCCUGGCUGCACUUCGGGGUAUUGGCUGCUGGUAGUUUCUAGUAACAUCCAAAUACCACUGCCAGCUCCAAACCUUACUCAUCACCUACCAGCUAGUCUCAGUUAAUUUGAAGCCAUAAUAUUUUCUAUACAGAAGUAUUUUGUUUGUCUGUAGACGGCUGUUGUUUUAGCCCAGUUGAGAUCUCCACAUGUCUGUACCUUCCCUGUUGUCCCUUUCACCCAGCCCAACUGAGAAGUUGCCUGGGGUUUGCAGUCCUUGCUCUGCUGGCAGCACGUUGUCCUGGUGUCAGUGGAGCCCACGGGCUGGGGCACACAGCUGUGCAGUGCUAGGGAGGCCGGCCAUGCUAUUUCUGCCUGGUGGCAGGAGGAAGACCUGUUCUUUGGUGACAAAUGAGUAUGAAGCAAAGCCUUUUGACUCAGCAGUCCUGGAUACAAAAGGGAAAUCCUGACAGCAGGUCAGAGCCAGGGACUAAGGAGCAGCAGUUGGCACUCAUCUGCAAAAUAUCCCACCACCCUGGAGCCAGCCCUACCCCUGCUGCUGUGAUGGCUGAACAAAAGGGAGAGCGGUUGGACUUAGUAAUCUUAAAGGUCUUUUCCAACCAAAUCAAUUCUAUGAUUCUAACAAGUGCUGCCUAACACCUCUUUGCCCCGGGUGCCACUCCCAACUGUGUCUGUGAACAGCAAUAUGGUAGGAGCUCCUCUGGAAGCUCAGUAACCACCAGUCCUUGUUAGACCUGGGCAGGGUUUGCCAUCAGCUGGUUGCCCACUGCCGUGAGCCAUGUCUAGUCUUGUGUCUUGUAGUUUAUCGCUCGGCUUCUAAGCUUGAGUUCUGUGUACCGACUCCACCUAAUCACAGUAAAAGGUUUGCCCAUGUUUUAGCCAUGACUUCACCGUGUUUUUCCAGCUCCAAAAAAGCAAACACUUGGAAAUCUCUUCUUUCAGUAUGUCAGAUAAUCACACGCCCGGAAGUAGCUUUCACAUUGAGGUAAUGGUGACUGACCUGUUCUCUGUCAUCCCAUGGAGACACUUCCCCAGUCAUUUUGUACCAUUAUAUAAAUAUAUAUAUAUAAAUAUAAAUAUAUAAAUACAAUAUGUGAAGACAUCUUAUUGGUUUUUAUUUGAAACAAUUUUUAGGCUUGUUUUUGGGUAUCUGUGCUGCCUGUAAUGUAUUGACCUGUUUUAUAGGUGCCUUUUUAUUAAAAAGACAAAUUUAAAAACCUGA